AUGAUACAAGAUUCAACUUCCAUUGAAACUAUGAAUAAUCCAGUAUGUUUAUCCAGUUCAUCAUUGAAUGCGUUACAAAAUUUAAAACCAUGGUCACCAUCAUUAUCAUCAAAUACAACAUCAUCGUCACCAAUGGCAAGUGAAGAUGAAGACACGAAUAAAAAAGCGUUUUCCUCAAACCUACUGUCGGUUAAAACUGUCGGUUAUUAA